UUAGGCAACUCUUCAUACAGAGAACUAACAACAAAAUUCCAACCUCAAACUUCAAUUUUUAAACAACUUAAAGGUGAUUAUAAUUAUUUUGCUUAAUUUGUGGUUUAAAGUUGUGUGAAUGGUGGUUUUAUGCAUUAAUAAUCGUAUGGUAAUGACUGUUUUUUAAGAAUACGAUUUAGUUUAGUACAUUUGUUGAGAAAUGGCUAACCGAACUGUGAAAGAUGCGAAAUCAAUUCAUGGAACAAAUCCUCAAUAUUUGGUGGAAAAAAUCAUUAGAUCUCGUAUUUAUGACUCAAAGUACUGGAAAGAAGAAUGCUUUGCACUCACUGCAGAACUCCUAGUUGAUAAAGCCAUGGAAUUGAGAUUUAUCGGUGGUGUUUAUGGCGGCAACAUUAAACCCACUCCAUUUCUGUGUUUAACUUUGAAAAUGCUACAAAUUCAACCAGAAAAAGAUAUCGUUGUCGAAUUCAUAAAAAACGAAGAAUUUAAAUAUGUCAGAGCAUUGGGAGCAUAUUAUAUGAGACUAACAGGGUCUUCACUUGACUGUUAUAAAUAUCUGGAACCACUCUACAAUGAUAAUAGAAAAUUACGUAGGCAAGGAAGAGAUGCCAAAUUUGAAUUGGUUCAUAUGGACGAAUUUAUUGAUGAACUAUUAAGAGAAGAAAGGGUAUGUGAUGUUAUUUUACCUCGUAUUCAAAGUCGACAUCUUCUAGAAGAAAAUAACGAAAUUGAAGCUAAAAUAUCUGUCUUAGAAGAAGAUUUAGAUGAAGAUAUAGAAAUGGAAGAACUCGAUGUUGCCAAGUACCAGGUUGAAGAGGUACCCAAGGAGAAAGAGAAGAAAAGUCGUAAACGUGACAGAAGUAAAUCUCGCGAGAGGCAUAGGAGUAGAAGCAGGGACAAGGACAGGCAUAAGAAAGACAAAGAGAGAGAUAGACGCGAUCGAGAUAAAGAACGAGAGAGGGAAAAAGAUCGCGAGAAGGAAAGAGAGCGGGAAAGGGGAAGGGAUAGAGAUAAGAGAGACAAAGAUCGCGACAGAAAGAAAAAAGAUGAUGAUAGGAAAAGAAGAUAGGAUUAAGAAUUAUUGUAAAAUACAUGUGUUAAAAAUAUAUGUAUAUUAUUUUUCUUUUAUAAUGGUAAAGUCUACAAAAUAUUCAGAUUCAGACAAAAACAUGUGUAAUUUGUAUCGAUUAAAAAAUAAGUUACUUAUUC